UUUGGCUUGCAGAUGCAUAAACCGUGCUGCACUUGUCACCGCCUGCAUUCAUUCAUCUGUAUCCACUUAGACCAGUCAUGAGUGUGAUCAGGGUUUUCAUCUGUUCAGUGCUGUCUGUUACUCUGGGCAUCUCCGAACAAAAUAUUGACACAAGCAACAUCAGAGUUUUCCCAGCCCUGCACCACAGUAUAGCUGGAGUAUUUCAGGCUAGUUACAUGAAUAAACAGAACCAGGUUCAGUAUGCUUUUAACGCCUCUGAAGCUCGGACCCUCUGCUCAUCUCUUGGUGUCGUCAUCGCCUCCAAAGAUCAAGUACAAGAGGCUCUUACUAGAGGUCUAGAAACAUGCAGAUUUGGAUGGACUGAUGAACAUUUGGCAGUCAUUCCCCGUGUGAAGCCACAAAGCACCUGUGGUCAGAACCAGACUGGACUGGUGACAUGGCGAGCCUCUGUUACACGCAGAUUUGAUGUGUUUUGCUUCAAUGAAUCAGAUAUGGUGGCACAAAUAGAGGAUGCAACUCAACUCCCCUCUGAGCCAGCUCCUACUUCUCGCUCUUCCACUCCCACCCUGCCAUCAUUUAUUUUAAUAAACAUGGACAGUGAAGCAGAAAAGGCCCUGAUUGUUGGCAGUGCUCAAGGCUCCAGUGGAAAAAAGGCUGUGCUCAUCACUUCAGCCCUGGCCGUCCUCCUUAUUGCAGUUGUCAUCUUCGCAUACAUAAGACGAAGGAAACGAAAGUGCUCUGAUAAGAAACAGCAGGAGUACAUCGAGACAGAAGAGUGGAUAUGUGUGACGAAAACACAAGAACCAAAAAAAGCUGCUUCAGAAGAGGAAAGGAUAGAAGUGGAUAAAAACACAAGUUAAAGCAUUUUUGUACAUUAUUAGGUAUAUUUUUUAAAAAGUAAUUAUCCAUUUGAGAGUUAAGAUGUAUUCCUUGACCUGUGUGAAAGUAAUGUAAUAUUAUGGAUGUAAAGUUAUUAUUCUUGAACAGUUUAUACUUAUUUUAAGUCAUGUGAUACUGUUACAUGCUGUAAUUGUGUUAGAAUUUAAUGCUACAUGCCAACAGUUUAGCCACUAGAUGGCAAUGUUUACAAUACAAUCAUGCGGAAGACUUGUAAUAUAUCUUGUAAUAAUAGUUCAAUUUUUUAAGCAUAAAUGAUUUCAUGUUUGAGUAUUUUCCAAAGCUUCAUAAAACUGAUUUAUGUAUAGAUAAAAUACGGAAAACUCCCUAAAACAUGUAAAA